UCCAUCUACUAAACAAUAGUCCGAGAAAUAUUUUUGAUAUAAACGAUCGUUUUCUUCAAAUGGGGCCGGAAAAGAACACCGUAUGUGUAACGGGCGCCUCGGGAUUCAUCGGAUCGUGGCUCGUGAUGCGUCUGCUUGAACACGGAUACUUUGUUCGUGCCACCGUGCGUGACCCUGGAAAUGUGAAGAAAGUGCAACAUCUACUUGACUUGCCAAAUGCCAAAACGCAUCUGACGUUAUGGAAGGCCGAUUUAUCGGUCGAAGGGAGCUACGAUGAGCCUAUACAAGGCUGUGACGGGGUAUUUCACGUAGCAACCCCAAUGGAUUUCGAAUCAAAGGACCCCGAGAACGAAGUGAUAAAACCAACGGUGAACGGAGUGUUGGGGAUCAUGAAAGCGUGUGUUACCGCGAAAACCGUACGGAGGAUUGUGUUCACUUCAUCGGCAGGAACUCUCAACGUCGAAGAACAUCAAAGGGCUCAAUACGACGAAACUAAUUGGAGCGAUCUUGAAUUCGUCAAGUCCAAGAAGAUGACAGGAUGGAUGUAUUUCGUUUCAAAGGCUUUGGCAGAGAAAGCCGCUUGGGAAUAUUCCAAAGAGAACCGAAUAGAUCUCAUAACGAUUAUCCCGCCGUUGGUCGUCGGUCCAUUUAUAACGUCUUCCAUGCCGCCUAGCCUCAUCACCGCGCUCUCGCCCAUCACCCGUAACGAAGCUCAUUACUCGAUUGUAAGGCAAGGGCAAUACGUCCACUUGGAAGACUUGUGCAAUGCUCAUAUCUUCUUGUUCGAGCACCCGAAAGCGAAGGGCCGUUACAUCUGUUCGUCUCACGACGCCACAAUCCUUACUCUCGCGGGAUUGCUCGGACAAAAGUACCCCGAAUACAACGUACCCUCCGUGUUUGAAGGUGUGGACGAGAAUUUAAAGAGCGUUGCAUUCAGUUCGAAGAAGCUUUUGGAGUUAGGUUUCGAGUUCAAGUUCAGCCUCGAAGACAUGUUCUCCGGCGCCAUCGAGACAUGCCGAGCCAAGGGUUUGCUUCCUCAUUCGUUGCAUCAGCCAAAAUCCGGUAAUAGAAUUUCGAUAGCGCACAAAACCGAAAUCGAAUUAAACGGUACGGCUCGUAAGAGGAUUGAACCGGAGUUAACCGGUGAGGAAACCAAACAUCUCAACACCCACGCGGCCACGGGGAUGUGUGCCUAGAGAGUGCUCGUUUGUCUUGCAAUCCACAUGAAUAAUUUUGUGGACAACUAAUUUUAAAAAAAAAUGUAUUAAUAAAUUAGAAUGGCUAUAUGUAUUAUCUAUUUUCUAUCUUUAUUUUGAGUUGGCUAUAUGUAUUCAAAUAUAUAUAUAUAGAAGUGUGAUUUUAUUGUAUGAUUUUGUUGUA